ACAACUUCAUUCCCCUCCACUCGCCACCAUCAUCUUCCCUCCCCUCCUGCUCCCUCCCUCCGGUCAACCAUCCACCAUGAGCAUCUCCGUGAACGGGCAGUCGGUGGUGCCGCCGGGGUUCCGGUUCCAUCCGACGGAGGAGGAGCUGCUCACCUACUACCUCGCCAAGAAGGUGGCCUCGCAGCGCAUCGACCUCGACGUCAUCCGCGACGUCGACCUCAACAAGCUCGAGCCAUGGGACAUCCAAGAGCGCUGCCGGAUCGGCACAGGCCCGCAGAACGACUGGUACCUUUUCAGCCACAAGGACAAGAAGUACCCCAUGGGGACGCGCACCAACCGCGCCACCGCAGCCGGGUUCUGGAAGGCCACCGGCCGGGACAAGGCCAUCUACUCCGCCGCCGGCUCCGGCCGCAUCGGCAUGCGCAAGACCCUCGUCUUCUACAAGGGCCGCGCCCCACACGGCCGCAAGUCCGACUGGAUCAUGCACGAGUACCGCCUCGAGGACGCCGUCCCCGUCAACCCCGGCGACGCCACCUACUACUCCAGUGCCUCAUUCCCGAUACACGGCGUGGUUGGCGACCAGUCGUCGACGCAGGAGGACGGGUGGGUCAUCUGUCGGGUGUUCAAGAAGAAGAACAUCGUCGCGCAACGCCAAGCUGGCCAGAACCAUGGCGGUGGCGGCGCAGCGUCCAACAAGCUAGUCGGCGCCGGUGCCAUGGAGCGCAGCGAGAGCAACUGCUCGUCGAUGUUGGCCGCCGCCAGCGACCACGCCAAGGCGCAGAUGACGCACUGCUCCGGCAGCGACGACGGGCUCGACCACAUCCUCAGCUACAUGGGCCGCUCAUCCACGACAUCGUGCAGGCAGGAGACCAAGCCCACCAACCCAUCGUCGUCAGUACUGGACCACCUGAUCAACAGAGUGUGCCACAGCGGCAGCAGCACCCUGUACGACAAGUUCAUGAAGCUCCCGCCGCUCGAGCACGUCGUGCCUGGCCGGCUCCUACCGCCACCGCCCGAGUACAGUGGUGACUGGGAGGCUCUCGACCGGCUCGCUGCCUAUGAGCUCAGCGGCCUCUCUAACCCUGCGUUGGCUGAGACGAUGAACGACAUGUCCUACAUCGCCGAUGAGCUCGGUGGUGCCGCCUCCUACUCCGGCGGUGGCACGCUACACCCCCCCUCCUUCACCGGGGCCGGCGAUGGUGACUUGUGGAGCCUGGCGCGGCCGGUGUCAUCGCUACACGCAGACUUGACGAUGACCUGGUUUAAGGCUGUCGGAUGCUGACACUGUCCUAGCCCAAACUUGGCCUUUUUUGUUUAUAAGGAAAUUUUUAUAUAUCAAACUAAUACAAUCGCACCAAUUGAAUGUGAA